GCAGGGCCCAGCAGCUCCGCGUCUGAGCGGCGGCGGCGCGCGGCCGAGUGGCGUGGGUGGUGCAGGGCAGGGGUGGUAUAUCCAGUCUGACAGAGGGCGGGCCUCGUCAGUGUCAGCAGAGGGACGAGCCGGGGUGGAGGCGCCAGGAGCAGCUGCCGGGAGCCCUCACCAGGACCACUCAUUCUAUGGCCGUAGGGAGCCGCUGAGAGCCACAAGAGCACGCUCCGCCUGCCCGCCGCGCCGGCCGCACCGCUCCUCCCGCGUCGCUUUGCUCGUCCAGGCCCACCCCGCGCGCGCCUCCCGCCACCAUGAACCACUCGCCGCUCAAGACCGCCUUGGCGUACGAAUGUUUCCAGGACCAGGACAACUCGACUCUGGCUUUGCCGUCGGACCAAAAGAUGAAGACCGGCACGUCGGGCAGGCAGCGCGUGCAGGAGCAGGUGAUGAUGACCGUCAAGCGGCAGAAGUCCAAGUCUUCGCAGUCGUCCACUCUGAGCCAUUCCAACCGAGGUUCCAUGUAUGACGGCUUAGCUGACAAUUAUAACAACUACGGGACUGCCAACCGGAGCAGCUACUACUCCAAGUUCCAGGCAGGAAAUGGCUCAUGGGGAUAUCCGAUCUACAAUGGGACCCUCAAGCGGGAGCUUGACAAUAGGCGCUUCAGCUCCUACAGCCAGAUGGAGAACUGGGGCCGGCACUAUCCUCGGGGCAGCUGUGCCACCACCGGGGCAGGCAGCGACAUCUGCUUCAUGCAGAAAAUCAAGGCGAGCCGCAGUGAGCCCGACCUCUACUGUGACCCACGGGGCACCCUUCGCAAGGGCACGCUGGGCAGCAAGGGUCAGAAGAUCAGCCAGAACCGCUAUAGCUUCUACAGCACCUGCAGCGGCCAGAAGGCGGUCAAGAAGUGCCCUGUGCGCCCAUCCUCCUGCACCUCCAAGCAAGAUCCAGUGUACAUCCCGCCCAUCUCCUGCAACAAGGACCUGUCCUUUUGCCACUCAAGGGCCAGCUCCAAGAUCUGCAGUGAGGACAUUGAGUGCAGUGGGCUGACCAUCCCCAAGGCUGUGCAGUACCUGAGCUCCCAGGAUGAGAAGUACCAGGCAAUUGGGGCCUAUUACAUCCAGCACACCUGCUUCCAGGAUGAAUCUGCCAAACGACAGGUCUAUCAGUUGGGAGGCAUCUGCAAGCUGGUGGACCUCCUCCGCAGCCCCAACCAGAACGUCCAGCAGGCUGCAGCCGGGGCCCUGCGCAACCUGGUGUUCAGGAACAACACCAACAAGCUGGAGACCCGCAGGCAGAAUGGGAUUCGUGAGGCCGUCAACCUCCUGAGGAGAACCGGGAGCACCGAGAUCCAGAAACAACUGACCGGAUUGCUCUGGAACCUGUCUUCCACCGACGAGCUGAAGCAGGAGCUCAUUGCCGAUGCCCUGCCAGUCCUGGCCGACCGUGUCAUUGUCCCCUUCUCUGGCUGGUGUGAUGGCAACAGCAACAUGUCCCGGGAGCUGGUGGACCCUGAGGUCUUCUUCAAUGCCACCGGCUGCUUGAGGAACCUGAGCUCGGCAGAUGCAGGCCGCCAGACCAUGCGAAACUACCCGGGGCUCAUUGACUCCCUAGUGGCCUAUGUCCAGAACUGUGUGGCAGCCAGCCGCUGUGAUGACAAGUCCGUGGAGAACUGUAUGUGUAUCCUGCACAACCUCUCCUACCGCCUGGAUGCGGAGGUGCCCACCCGCUACCGCCAGCUGGACUACAACGCCCGCAACACCUACGUGGAGAAGUCCUCUACUGGCUGCUUCAGCAACAAGAGCGACAAGAUGAUGAACAACAACUAUGACUGCCCCCUUCCUGAGGAAGAGACCAACCCCAAGGGCUGCAACUGGCUAUACCACUCAGAUGCCAUUCGUACCUACCUGAACCUCAUGGGCAAGAGCAAGAAGGAUGCCACCCUGGAGGCCUGCGCCGGUGCCCUGCAAAACCUAACUGCCAGCAAGGGGCUGAUGUCCAGUGCCAUGAGCCAGAUAAUUGGGCUGAAGGAGAAGGGCUUGCCACAGAUUGCCCGCCUCCUGCAAUCUGCCAACUCUGAUGUGGUGCGGUCUGGAACCUCCCUCCUGAGCAACAUGUCCCGCCACCCGGUGCUGCACAGAGUGAUGGGGAACCAAGUGUUCCCAGAGGUGACCAGGCUCCUCACCAGCCACACUGGCAACACCAGCAACUCUGAAGACAUCUUGUCCUCGGCCUGCUACACUGUGAGGAAUCUGAUGACCUCCCAGCCGCAGAUGGCCAAGCAGCACUUUUCCAGCAGCAUGCUCAACAACGUCAUCAACCUGUGCCGCAGCAGUGCCUCCCCCAAGGCUGCAGAAGCUGCCCGACUCCUCCUGUCGGACAUGUGGUCCAGCAAGGAACUGCAGGCUGUCCUCAGACAGCAAGGCUUUGAUAGGAACAUGCUGGGAACCUUUGUUGGGGCCAAUAGCCUAAGGAACUUCACCUCCCGAUUCUAAAGAGAGGCUGUCCAAGCAAGUACAGCUUGCAGAACUGAUAUGUCCCAGCUGAGAAGACCUCAGGCUUUGCUGGAUGGAUGAUUCUGCCCACCCUGUGCAGUAUUUGGAGAAGUUCAAAAGCAGCUGAGAGCAAACCUGAAAACUGUAGAUGGUGGAAAUAUUUUUAGAUUCUUUUUUUUCCUUGGGGGAACUGGCAGGCAGUGGGGGCUGGGGGGGUUGGGAGGGCUGGGAGGGGCCUUUCUUGAGUUAAAGGGGCUUAUGUCUUAUGUCAAUACUUCUUGCUCUGAAAAAUCAUAUACAUAUGUGUAUAAUGUAAGUGUGUGAGUGUGUGUGUGUGUGUGUGCGUGCGGGUGUGUGUGCGUUUGCAUGACUGUCUGAAAGAAUGACCACAAACUGUAAAAACCUAGGUAAGCUGUUUUAUUGCGGCUUAUGAAGUGGUGUAAAGGACUCUCCCGUGUUUCUUACUCAUAGACAAGUAUGAUAUGCUUUUUGGUUAGAUGCCCAUAGUUACUGAAAUAUAUUGUGCCAGAGCAGGGGAACCCCGCCAGAGUCAGGCACACAGAGGUAUCCUGUGGGCCCCCUGCCUGAUGUCUUCCAGGGGGUGGGGUGGGAAGAAGAGAUCAGGGCUGGGGCUAACCCCCGCUCUUAAUAGGCUGUUUGCAGGAAGUGAUAUUGCGAAGGUGUUCAGGUUCAAUGUAUCUAAUGAGAAAAAAUAAUAAUGAUAAGGCUGCCCUUCCCACAGUGCCACCAGGACUGGGGCCGGGCAAGGUGUGAGGCUGUAGAAGAUGAGCAAGGUCAGCCACUCUGGUUUUGCUAUUUGAGGUCUGACCUGGGGAAAUAGAAGCCAGAGAGAUGGGUUUCCUGAGCAGGCUCAGUCUACAAAGCCCCUGCCUUCAGGGGGCUCGUCAUCUACAGGCUGGAGGAGAAAGAAGGCACACAUGUGCUCAAAGCCAAAGAGCUGUUCAGAGAAUAGCUGUUUGGUCUUCACGUUCCCACUGGAGGAGCGAACAGGCUGGCAUUGGGCAUCGAUCAACCUGUUGCAGAUUCCAGUGGACCAGGGGUGUAGGUAUUCAGAAGGGACGCAGGAAGAUGCUGAAACUCAAGUGGGGGAAAGUUUGGGAACUUGGGUAGGCCGGGAGAGAGAGCAUCAUGCCAGGGCCCCUAGCAGCACUCGCCCCCACUGGAGGCCUCUCUCCAGUUCCCUGAGCCUCAGCCAUCCUAGUCUCCUCUUGUCUUUGGGGAAGCUCUAGGGGAUGCAAUCAAAGAGGCCUGUCAGUGGCACCAGCCACACCCAAGGCCCCAGACUCUUGUGCAUUUCAGAUGGAUAGUAGAAGGGCUUCAGGACCUCAUGGGAAAACUUUCUGUGUAAACAGCCCUUAGCACAAGCUGCAAAAUAGAGUGGAGCCAAGGGCUCUCAAGGCUUUCCUGGUCUCUGAUUCCACCUCCCAUGCUGGCACCUUUGGGCUUAGAUAGGAAGUAACUCCCAUAGCUGUAACCUACUCUAGAAGAUGCUCCUCGGGCCCUCUCCUUCAUCCACGUCUCCUCCCCUUCGGCAUCAUGCACCCCCCACCACCACCCUGCUUCUUACCCCAGCAAUUUGAACUGAAAAACACCUGCUGGACUCAGGAUGCGCCUAUUAAGAGAUGCGACACUGAGGCUGAGGGGGAGAGAUGAGAAAUGAAGCUACACUCUUCCUUGAGAGGCUGCCCUGCCCAUUAACCAGGUGUCCCCCGGUGCUGUGGUUCUGAGUGCCCUCCCCUUGCUCCUCACUCAGAAUUGAAGGCCCACUCCUGGCUCAUCCCUCCCUCUUAGGGGCCCACAUGGGCAUGACUCCUUCCAGUCAUCAGGACCCAGAGGACUGUAUUUCUUAAUAUUUAUAUUGAGUGCCCCACAUGCACCAGGCACAGUUCUGAACACUUAGGAUACACCAGUGAGCAAAAGAGACUAUUCUCAUGAAGGGGAGAGAAGACAUGGCAUCCUUGGUGGGUAGUUAGGCCAACCCUGCUUUUAAUAACCUCUCUCAGGCCAGCCAGCUGGGUCUGUCACCCAGACCCCUGGCCCAUGCCUGUCCAUUUGGAAGAGGUAAAACAGAGGAGUUUGAGGAUGCCUUUCCUGGAGAAAGGGAAGAAGGGGUUUGCCAGGCUUUAUAUAUCCGAGGUGUGUUUCAGUAUAGUAAGUCUACAUUGGCCUCACACUACCAGGGUUGACACCCAAAAUUAAACAUUCCUAUUUGGGGCCAAAUGAAGAAGGACAUAGACCACUUCAUCUCUUCUGUCCCUGUCCUGACCCCAGGAUCUUUUGACCUGUUUUUAAGACAAAUCCAAUUGUUGCCCCCAGCAACCUUUCCAGUGGGGUCCCAGGCGCCCAAGAGGAUCAGUGAUGGUCCCCUCACCCACUUUGGAGCCUUGCGAAGAGAUGAGAUGGUGGGUGACCAUGUCUGGGACUGUGGAAUGGGCAGGGGAGGACACAUUGGGGUGGCCACGAGCCUUCCCACAGCUCAUCCCACCUUGCUCCGUGUUUGUAUAAGAGCCUUGUGCUGGCCAGGCCAGAUGCCCUGUGUGGUACACUAUGUAUUUGCUUUUUUGGAAAUAGAGGAAAUCAAUAAAUUGCUGGAGUUACUUUGAAUUUU